AUGUCACAACAACGAGGAAGGCAGCCACCCAUUUCACUCACGCAGCCGCAAAACCCGUACUUCCCAUCGGUCAAUGAAGGCUCGAACAUACCAGCUCCACCAUCCUAUCGAGCAUCCUUUCAUGACAAGCGUUCUUUUAAUUUCCCAGGACACAUCGAGCAGAAGCUAGCGCAGUACAACACGUCCCAGAAUGUGUUCAAACGCUGGCUGUUCGAGAUCAUCAGCGUGUCGACAAGUGCUGUCUGCAUGGGCGCGAUCAUUGGAUUGAUUUAUUAUCUUCAAGAUCAAUCUCUCGACAAAUGGCCUCCCGGAUUGACCAUCAUCACGAUUCUCUCAAAGAUUGCCUCUGGAGCACUCAUCCUACCAAUAUCAGAGGCCAUUGGGCAGCUGAAGUGGAUAUGGUUCCAUGGAAAGAAGUCCAGAGAUGCGUUCGAUUUCGAAAUCUUCGAUAAAGCAUCGCGAGGCGCAUGGGGAUCAUUUAUGCUGUUGUGCCGAACAAAGGGCAAGUCGCUCGCUGCUUUAGGUGCUCUGUUGACAGUUCUACUGCUUGCAAUCGAUACCUUUUUCCAGCAAGUAACGGAUUUGCAGGAGCGCUGGAUAUUGCAGGGCAAUAGUUCUAUCCCGCGGAGUAUACGAUAUACCCCUUCCGACGUGCUUACCUAUGACAGCACUUAUGCCGACACGCCUUUGUCUACGAUGAACCAAGAUCUAAAGAGGGCCCUGGAUCCAUUCAUGUAUGACAAAAACGGCACGCGCCCUCUACUUACCAAGGGUGGCCCUCAAGCAGAGAUACCACUUGUGUGCCCAACUAGUCAAUGUGAAUGGCCGGCCUACCAGUCUUUGGGAGUUUGUAGUGCUUGCGAAGACGUUUCACAUCUUCUUGAGUAUCACUGCCUUAACAUGAAGAUGGACUGGAUCAGAAAUGCCACUGGUCCUGGAACGGAAGAUACAUAUUCCGAUGGUACUGCAUGCGGCUACUUCUUGAACGCGACGAGUUCAUCUCCUGUACUCAUGUCCGGCUACAGGGUCGAGAACAGUACCAAUUCAACUUACGGAGAGACCCUUCUCAUGCGCACACUACCACUUGUCACGAAUCCUCUCAGAAGGCCACUUUACGGAGGCUCUAUCAACUUCAAGCACAUCAACAACCCCAUCCUUGAUGCACUCAUCGUAAGCGCAGCUGACGGCUCUGCCACCAGCGUCUAUCGUAAAGUACCCCCCGUCGCCCACGAAUGUGUCUUGUCUUGGUGUGUCCAGACUCUCCGUUCCUCCUAUUCACAGGGAGGUUAUGAAGAGCAGGUGAUUGAGACUUUUACGAACACAACGAAAACCGAGUACCCCUGGUACGUCGAGCAGUUGUCGAACGGCGAUACCUACCAGGACUUCAGUGAGAACAUCACAAUAACCCCACCUUCUAACAACACUCCUGUUACUUCUUUCGGCGUUUCUAAUGAUACGUUCUUACUCACGGUCGUUGUUCUGGAUGAGGUGUUUCCAUCCCUGAUUACUAUUUCGGAUCCUUCGGCAGAGCCAUACCUGAAAGUCCGAACUAGCUUUACGGACCAGAUCAGAUUCCGAGAAGUACAUUUCAAUCCAUGGCUUGCUCCCAACAACGUCACUUAUCACAUGGAAAGAAUAGCACGGGCUAUGACGAAUGUUGUCAGAUCAGAUGCUGACAGCAACGAACUGAUCAUUGGAAGCGCUUCUUCGCCAGAGACAUAUGUGAGAGUUGAAUGGGGCUGGCUUACAUUUCCUCUGGUCAUGCUUCUCUUGAGUAUCGUGUUCUUGGUAGCCACGAUGAUAAAAACUUCACAAGAAACAUACGAUGGAAUCGGCACCUGGAAAACUUCGGCUAUGCCAGCGCUGAUAUACAGUCUACCGAAAGACUUGCAACAGGGACUCACAACGUCGGCGACGUCGAGAUCUAUUUCGAAAAGAAGGUCGAAGAAGGUCAAAAUCAGGCUGUUGCCAAAACAAGGCUGGAGAGUGUCAGGACAAGGCCAUCCAGCACCGAGGGCUCCACCAGGGUUCAUAUAG